AUGGCUGUUUCUGAACGGAACAUGAAGAGAAAGGUGGAAUUAGAAGAUAUUACCAAUACAAAUACAAAUUAUAAUAAGAAAAUGAAACAAAUGAAUUUCAAGAAAAAACUACAACAAAGGUCACCAUCGCCUUUUGAAGGUGAGCUCAAAUCUCCAAAGAAGUAUAAAAAAGAUUAUGGAAAAUCAGUCACUUUCGAGAACAGUCCAUUAUUGACACCAAAAGAGGAGGACUAUCAAGACGAGCCAGAUAUAGUCGAGAUCAAUAUGGACAUACCUAGCUCUGUUGGUGACUGUGACUUAGAUGAUAGUGUUAACCCAUUUGAUGCAGUCCAAAAUAACGAUGAUGAUGACAAUGAUAUGUUUAAUGAUAGUGAUGAUAAUGUUAAUAAGAAAGAUCUUACAAAUGACCAUCUUGGUCAAACAAGUGAUGAACUUCAAUCCAGAGAGACUAAUGAUGUAUGUGAUCCCCAAAAUUCAACCACUGACGAACUAAUUUCAAAUCCUGAUUAUAUUGCACUCACAUCUUCCUUAAGAUUAUUGAAUAACAAUAAGUCAAAGAUUGAAACAGAGAUAUUACAGUUGUCAAAAUUGUACUCCAAUUUUGACAAUAUCCAAAAUGAUGGAGAGGUAAUUGAUUUUUUUGUCAAAUUAGUCAAAAAUGAAUUAAAUUUGCCAAAACAGAAUAAAAUUUUGAAGUCUCCAAUUAUUAAUUGGUCAAAAUAUAACCUCGAAGUUGAAAAUAAUGGUAACAAGUUCAAUAAGAAUUAUAAUGACAAACCUUUAUUUAAAACUUUGAAUUUGUUCAACAACGAAAGUAAGUAA